CGCCGACCGGAGUGGCUAGUCCCCUCUGGCCCUGGGUCUGGCGCCUUGGCGGGUCCCCAGCGCCAGCAAAGUUUGAAGCCUCAGGCGCCGCGCUGCGCCGCGCGCGGGUCCCUCCCCGUGCAGUUCCCUCGGCGGGGUCUGUGCCUGCGCCACUGCCAGGGCAGGACAAAGGCUCAUUAACACGUGAUGGGACCGCGCUUCAUAAAUGUGACUGGAGCGAGAGGGAGCCAGAGCCAGAGCCAGAGCGUGAGCGGAGGGAGAGGCAGGGAGCGCGAGAGCUGCGAGAGGCGACGGGCGCCCCGGCUGGCGGUGACGGGCGGCCCCACGCCGGGCCAGGCGGGGCGAGCGGGAGGACCCAGUGAAGAGCCUGGGAAGGGGCGAGGCUCGAGGGCAGUGGGAGCGGAGGGGGCGCCAGUCCCGGCUCUUGUCGCAGAAGGGCGCUGCAAGCAGGGGACGCCGGCUCGCGGGUAGCGCGGACCGACUGACUUACUGACCGACGGACGGAGGCACACCCCGCUCCACCCCACUCGGCCUCGCCCGGAUCCCAGCGCCGGCGCCUACUCCCUCCCGCUACUCCUGCAGCCACCCCUUCCUUCUCCACUUCUUUUCCGCCUCCGCCUCUUCUAGGCUCCCGCGGCGCCAGUGCCUUCCCCCGGCCCGGGCGGGGCGCCUCCAGUCCCUGCAGAGCUCUCCGUGAAGUCAAAGGGGACGUUUCAUUCUAGCAAAGAAGCAGCCCCUGCGCUGGGCGAGAGGUGCCGAGGGAGCAUCUCCCCCGAGGACCAGGGGAUGCAAAGGUUUCCAGGUGAUGCUGAAGCUGCCGGACACCACCCUUUGAGAGCCACUGACUAUAAAAUAACUCCAAGAUCGUAGGAAUUAGCCAUGGGGAGUCUUCUUCCCUUUCUGGGUCUAAGAAAAUCACACUGCUCAAGAGGAGAAGUUGAGCGAUUUCAAGAUUCCCUGCUGUGGGUGUCUUUCUCAGUCAUUUUGAGUUUGGUCUAAUCGAAGACGGAGGUUAUGAAGUCGAUCCUAGAUGGCCUUGCAGACACCACCUUCCGUACCAUCACCACAGACCUCCUCUACGUGGGCUCGAAUGACAUUCAGUACGAAGACAUCAAAGGCGACAUGGCAUCCAAAUUAGGGUAUUUCCCACAGAAAUUUCCUUUAACUUCCUUUAGGGGAAGUCCCUUCCAAGAAAAGAUGACUGCAGGAGACAACCCCCAAUUAGUCCCAGCAGACCAGGUGAACAUUACCGAAUUUUACAACAAGUCUCUCUCAUCCUACAAGGAGAAUGAGGAGAACAUUCAGUGUGGGGAGAACUUCAUGGACAUGGAGUGCUUCAUGAUCCUGAACCCCAGCCAGCAGCUGGCCAUCGCUGUGCUGUCCCUCACGCUGGGCACCUUUACGGUUCUGGAGAAUCUUCUGGUGCUGUGUGUCAUCCUGCACUCACGCAGCCUCCGCUGCAGGCCUUCUUACCACUUCAUUGGCAGCCUGGCGGUGGCAGACCUCCUGGGGAGUGUCAUUUUCGUCUAUAGCUUCGUCGACUUCCACGUGUUCCACCGCAAAGACAGCCCCAAUGUGUUCCUGUUCAAACUGGGUGGCGUCACAGCCUCCUUCACCGCCUCGGUGGGCAGCCUGUUCCUCACAGCCAUCGACAGAUACAUAUCUAUUCACAGGCCCCUGGCCUAUAAGAGAAUCGUCACCAGGCCCAAGGCUGUGGUAGCCUUUUGCCUGAUGUGGACCAUAGCCAUUGUGAUCGCUGUGCUGCCUCUCCUGGGCUGGAACUGCAAGAAGCUGCAGUCCGUUUGCUCUGACAUUUUCCCACUGAUUGAUGAAACCUACCUGAUGUUUUGGAUCGGGGUCACCAGUGUGCUGCUGCUGUUCAUCGUGUACGCAUACAUGUACAUUCUCUGGAAGGCGCACAGCCACGCGGUUCGCAUGAUCCAGCGCGGCACCCAGAAGAGCAUCAUCAUCCAUACGUCAGAGGACGGCAAGGUACAGGUGACCCGGCCAGACCAAGCCCGCAUGGACAUUCGGCUGGCCAAGACCCUGGUCCUCAUCCUUGUGGUUUUAAUCAUCUGCUGGGGGCCUCUACUUGCCAUCAUGGUGUACGAUGUCUUUGGGAAGAUGAACAAGCUUAUUAAGACGGUGUUUGCAUUCUGCAGUAUGCUGUGCCUGCUGAAUUCCACCGUGAACCCCAUCAUCUACGCCCUGAGGAGCAAGGACCUGAGACAUGCUUUCCGGAGCAUGUUCCCCUCGUGUGAAGGCACCGCUCAGCCUCUCGAUAACAGCAUGGGGGACUCGGACUGCCUGCACAAACAUGCAAACAACGCAGCCAGUGUUCACAGGGCAGCCGAGAGCUGCAUCAAGAGCACGGUCAAGAUUGCCAAGGUGACCAUGUCUGUGUCCACAGACACGUCUGCCGAGGCUGUGUGAGAGCCUGAUGCCUCCCCGGUGGCACAGGAAAAGAAAUUCUUUUUUUUUUUCUUUAAAUCGCAAAAUCUAAGAGAGUCUGUCGUCUCAUCGGUUAUAUUUUUUAAGUUUACCAUGCUCACUGAAAAGGUGAUUGUCACCAUGAUCAGUUAUCUGUUCUCUAAUGUUUUGACAGCAUAGGUUCUGAAACUCCGUGGUCCAGGGGUUUACAGUGAAGAAAGCCUGUUGCUUAAGUGACUGGAAGGUCCUUCAAAGUCUCAAUCAAAUAGGAGGGAAACCUUUGGCUACACAAUUUGAAGUCUAAGUACCAGUAGAAAAAUGCCAUCAAAUGAGUAAUGCCUUUGUAACCACAACUUUCAUUAUAAUGUGAAAUGUAUUUGUCCAUCAGUAGCAGAGAUGUCCAUUUUUACAACAGUUAUAGUACUACAGUAGAGCUAUUUUGUAAAAUGUGUUGUGUCCUAUGAGAUGUGUAUCAGUGUUUACUAUGUGUUGUUUAUAUUUGUCUAGUUCAGCAAAACUGAAAAGUAGAAUUUUAUGAAAACAGUGGAACAUGAGCAGUGGAUAUAUGACAAUGAGACCACUUUUUAAAAAAGUAUUGCCCACGAUAUGACUUUAGAAACCUUAAUAUUUUUUC